AUGAGUUGUCCCUCUGCCAUCUUGACCUUCUCUCUUCUCAUCUGUAUCUCUGUCCUCAUCGUCCCGCCCUCCGCUGCCCAGCCACAUUCGAUCUGGGAUAUCAGCAUCGACGAAAGCCCUGCCCCUCCGCCAGACCAAGGCCCUCCGCUCUCUGCUGGUGCCCUCCGGGACAAAUCCAAACUCAAAUACGAGGUCAUUGGCAUAGUUGGGGCUUACGUGGUGUGGCUGCUCAUUACUAUUGUGCUGCUUUUCCUUGUCGGCAAGAAGUUGCGUCGCCGAGUCCAAACCUCGAACCGCAGUCUCAGUAUGGAAAUCGUCAAGCCAGCUCCGUUGGCCAACCAGUCCAAGAUGGCGGUGGAACCGCCUUUGAAGAGCCCCGGCAAGAUGGCCAGUCUCAGAUCAUGGGCUACGGGCAAAUCACACUCUCACAAACAGUCGAGCAUCAGUGUGUCGUCCACCAUCGACGAAAAGAUCCUCGAGGCAGACAAGGCCAGAAACCAGGAUGAAAUGGCGAGACUUUAUGCUGCUGUUAUGGCGCACGACGAAGAAAAGGCCCGGAGCAGUGGGCAAACGUCGCCUCGCACGCCCAACUACCCACCCCAGUACAAUGCUCCGCCGACGCCUCGGUCACCUUACCAUCUCCCUCCCACUCCAAGGUCACCUCAACAUCAACCACCAACGCCAAGGUCACCUUACUACCAACCAAAUAUUCAUCUCAAUCUCAUGGGGCCGGCCUCGCCUCGGUCGCCGCGGUAUCCUCCGGAGUUUCAGCAUCUGCGAAAUCCCGAGACGGAUAUCCAAAGCCAGCCCGUUCCACCAGUGGGACACGCUUUGAUUCACCCUCUGGCGCCCACUCCUGCCGACGAUGCUUCCUCGAUGAGGACGCCCUCGCAAGCCAGCGGCCGGAAGAAGGUGUCUCCCUUGUCCUUCAUCUCGGGCCGGAGUGAUUCGGCUGAUCAGACAAAAAAGCGUCCGAGUAACAUCUCCGUUCGUGGGCAACCCAUCUCGCAACCGAUCGGUUCCGCCGCACUCACGGACAUCUCGAUCUACUCGGAAGAAGCUCUUUCCUCCCCUCGCAUUUACAACCCAGGCCCAGCUCCACCAACACCGGGCCAAAAGUCCGCUGUGACCGUGGUUGAGGAGGUUGAAAAGAAAGGUCCUCCAGCACCGAUAUCUCUUCAUAGUACUGCAGCCACCAACAGCUCCAACAGCUUACCCUUCCGUCAAUUCUACAACGACGCCCUGAAGAGCGCGCCUGCCACCAAGACCACUUUCGUGGACCGUCGCGAGAGCAUUUUGGGCGUGCACCCCAAGACAGGAGUGCCUCAAACUCCGUAUAGUCCUUACAUGCCUUAUACCCCGAUGACACCCGUGACGCCGCGCACGCUGAUGACGAAGAAGGAGAUGAGAAAGAACAGGAAGAAGGAAGGCUUGAAGGUGCUUACCGAGGACGACAUGGUGCUGUCCGACGAGGACUUGUGGUCCACUUAG